CUUCCAGGAGUCUUGCUUCCCGCCAUGAGGAUGAGAAACUCCCGCCCCAACACGGGCGGGGCGCGGUACAGCCGUCUGCCACAGGAUGAUGACGGAUUCAUCGACUUGCAGUUCGAGAGGCCUCCCCGGAAGAUCCCGUACAAGGCGAUCGGGCUGGCGACCAUCCUGUUCCUUCUCGGUACGGCCCUCCUGACGGUCGGCUCGCUGCUGCUGGCCGGGGUGUACAUCGAUCCGCAGUACGCCGACCGGACCUGGCCCGUCCUGCUCCUCGGACUGCUGGUCUUCAUCCCCGGAGGCUAUCACGUCUUCAUCGCGUACAACGCCUGGAGGGGCGUCAAGGGGUACUCGUUCGACGACAUUCCGGAUUACAACGACUAGAAUACAGGCUACAAAGUCCGGUGUAUAACGGCUAAAGUAAAGACUUAAAAGAUCCGGACCAAAGGCGAAUCUGGUGUCCUUUAGUCUUAAAGAGUGGAAGUUUGGCGUACAAUGACUAAGAGCUACAAAGUCGGAUUACAACGACAAAAUAAAGACUUGAAAACCCGGUGUACGACCAAAGACUGCAAAACCCAGGGUCCUGUAGUCAUGAAAGACUGCAAAUCCGACGUACAACAAAAAAGAGAUAAGAAUGCAAAAUCCGGAGUACAGCAACCAAAAGGUACAAAAUCCGGAGUACAACGGCUAAAAGCUAAGAAGUCCGGAGGAAACUGACCAAAGACUACAAAUCCGGAGCAAAAAGACUAAAGCCUGCAAAUCCGGUGUACUAAAAGGAGUAACAGCGACGAGAAAAUACAAAAACCGGAGCUACGAAAGUCAUCAAUUCAACGACAACGUUGUAACGUCGCUGAUCAUGAGUACAAAAUAGAGACUAGAAAAUUCUGAAUAUGACAGACAUCCAUUGUUCCGUAGAAAUACACGUAGAGUAUGCGAGUUCGGCUAAGCCGCUUUUUCUCCGAUUCUUGGUCAAUAUUCCGGGCGUUUAUGAACACUCCUGAGAAGUAGAUAUAGAUGAAGAUAUCUCCCAAAACAUGGUAAUAAUCCAUUGAAUGAAUCUUGUGUAGAUUUUGAGUCAUUAAAGACAUAGUACUUUUGUCA